AUGAAAGUGUUAGACAAACACCAACAUUUGUUAGCAUUUGAAGUAUUUCUGGAAUCCUUCGAUGCAUCCCUUCCAACUUUAAUAGAAGUUCAAGAAGUACUUCAAGAAGCAAUUCAAGAAGUACUUCAAGAAGCAAUUCAAGAAGUACUUCAAGAAGUAUUUCAAGAAGUAUUUCAAGAAGCAAUUCAAGAAGUAAUUCAAGAAGUAAUUCAAGAAAUGAUAGAGCAAUUUACAUAA